AUGGAUUUAGAAUUAUUGUUUACUCCAACUGAAUUUUCACAGUCUGAUAAUGAAUUGCCAGACUAUUAUGAAACAUCCGAUAACUAUGAAACAACAGAUGAUGAGCAUGAAUCGGUUGUUUCUCAAGAACAUAUAUUUAAAAAAAAACGACAUCGUGGAAUGAAUUUAAAAACUACUUUAGAAAAGCAAGCAGAGUUGGCCAAUCAUCCAGAUGUACUCGAAAUUUUGAGUCCACUAUGUGUACGAUGCAAACAUUGCAGAAAACCAAUUAAACUAAAAAGAAACUAUGAUAAGUCACGAAUUGAAUCUCAUGUGUCUAAUAACAAAUGUAUUAAGAACAAGGGAUUUCAAGAUUUGAGGAAAUUCUUCGCAGAUUCUAAUUCUCAAAAUGAACCAUCACAUAAAAGAUAUCCAUGUUCUGGAUUAUGUAAAGAGAAGCAUCUUAAAUAUAUUGAACGAGUUGGUGGUUUUGCAGUAUCUGGUGGAGCUCCACUUGUCAAAAUAGUAGCACAAGAACUUUUUCCAGACAAGUUUACAGAAAAUACAAAAUUUUCUUAUUCUAAACUUAGUUUCAAUCAAUCAAAAAGACUUAACGAUGAACUAUCAGCAAGGUCUAAGUGGAAGAUUGAUCAAAAAUGUUUAUGCAUACGUAGUUCAGUGUGUGAAAUAUAUACUGACCAAAUUGAACGAUUAUGCGCGAAAUGUAUCUUACUUACAAAGGAUCCAGUUUUUAAGAAUGCACUUUCUAAACCCAUGCCGAAACCAGAAAAUCGACGCUUCACACCAAAAUUUUAUUUUAGAAAUAAUCUGAUUUUGAAAUUUCUUAGAAAUCUACAUAUAAAAGAACUCUGGACUUCAAUUUCUAAUACCAAUGAAAAUAACUCAGUGCCAUUUUGGUUAAAAUUAGCUGAGAAAGGUUUAAAUGGAGCAUUUGAAUCAAAAACUAUAUUUAAAGGACUAUGUGAAAUAAUGAUGAAAAUAGCUCAAUGUGAAGAUCAUAGCAAAGGCAUCCAAAAUUUAAAAUAUUCUGAAGAUGUUACCCAUUUUACGGCUGUACUUUCCAGCCUAAGCCCAAAAGCAUAUGAUUUUUUUCAAGCCAAUUUGGCAGGACAAACAUUAUGA